AUAAACUGUCAUGGCGGAUGUCAACAAAACUUCGAACUAGACGGCGCGGAUGAUUUCUAAUCUUUCUUCAGCUUUCCUUUAAGCUGAAGUUCACAAGAAGACGAUGGCUGAUAGCAGAGGGGAGUCCAGGGUCAGUUAUGCUGAGUCUGCAGUUGUCAAACAUGGCAUUGGUGACACUCCAGACCUUCAUCCUGCACAGAUGACAGGUCACAGGGCAGAGGUCAAUACUCAUAGGACAGUAACUUUCAUUGGUUCAGAUCAAGCAGAGAAAGUUGGCACCAGAGAUAUCAAGAAGACAGACAUCAAUUUGAAACAGAGAUUGUAUUUUACCCCCAAUGAUUCUCAGGUUGUUAGAAUUGUCCAAAACAAGCCAAUUCAGAAAACAUUGGGUGAAGCCCCAUUUGUUCCAAGUCCCCCCACUAACAUGAAGACCACCAUGUUUAAAAGAGAUUAUGUCAGGAGGCAGAUGGAGCUGAAGGCCAAGCAUGAUCCAGAGUCUAUGGUACCAAAGCACUUAACAGUGAAAACUUUACAUAGGAGCCAGCCCCCUUUACCCAUGCCUCCACUGAUGAGGAAACCUGAGCUUCUCCCUGCUGCACCAGCAGAACAGGUGGAAGUUACAGACCAGGUGAAAAUCACAGAGCCAAUUCAGACAGCGACACUUGUUAUGACCAGACCUAAUACUGGUGAAACUGAUGACCUGAGGAAGUCUUAUGUUGUGUCCAGGUGUGAAUCUGUAGGAACACAAGAAGAUGAGCCUACUAUCAAAGACCUAUUUGACUCGGAGAGAAAGUACCCAGGAGAAAUGCCCAUUAUUGACAAACAGAAACCGCAUAGAAAGACAUCUGGUGGGCAGCAAAGAUUGCCUGCUUUAGGAAGGGAGAUAAGCGAAACACAAUACAAGAGGACAAGCCGACCUAGCUCUGUAAAAUCAGAGAGUGAAACUGUCUUGCGAGAAAAGUCUGCUACAUCUGGAACGAGACGACAGGAUCCCAGUCUUGUACUAACCUAUCUCAACAAGAAAAAAUAUGAUGACUCAGUUCCUGUUAAUGAUGACGUGUUGUUCCACCUACGAAGUAUGCGGGAUAAGCUGAACUGGCCAGUGGAGCUCCCACGUCACGGCCUUGGCUGCAAGAGGAAGAUGGCCUGGUUGACUGGGGAGGAACCAUACAGUAAUAAUCAGGAGGAAAUAUUGGAUGAGGAUUAUGAGAGAUAA